GAGAGAGAGAGAGACUCCGAAUAGUAAUAAUAAGGCGGCGUUGUUUAUCCAAAGAGAAAGGGGUUGGACACAGACUGAAACUGCGAGCCAAACUUUUCUCUGCUUCCAUUUCCUCCAGCAGCGUCUCCCGGUCCCGAGCAGCGGACCAAGGUCAGCCCAGUGAACGCCUGCGGGAGCUGCCAGGGCGGCCAGAACCAGCGGACCCACCCCGGCAGCUCUACCUGCUUACCUUUAUUUCAUUUUUUUAUUUUUUUUUACCCUUCUUUUCUUGCUGUCAACCCCGCGGGACUGAAUUGAACUCCCGGCGGGACCGUGCAUGGAGAGAGUCUAGCCGAACCCGGUGACACCAUGUUGGGUAACUCGACCUACGCCAACAAGAAGAGGAAGAAGCCCGUCCUCAAGCAGAAGAAGAACCCUGAGAACAAUGAAGUCGUCAAGUCGAACCCGUCGAAGCGCCACAGGGAUCGGCUGAACGGGGAGCUGGACAGGCUGAUGGACCUGCUGCCCUUCCCUGAAGACGUGCGUUUCCGCCUGGACAAGCUGUCGGUCCUCCGCCUCAGUGUGGGAUACCUGCGGGUCAAGACCCACUUCAAAGCGACCAUGAAAACCAACGGCAACGGCGGUCUGGUGGCUCCGGUGGUAAACAGGCCGAAUGGGAAAACCGUGGCCACAGCUGGUUUCUCCGAGGGAGAGCUGCUACUUCAGGCCAUGAACGGCUUCGUCAUGGUGGUCAGCUGCGACGGACUGGUGUUUUACUCGUCUCCUACUAUCAAAGACUACCUGGGCUUCCAUCAGUCGGAUGUGGUCCAUCAGAGCGUGUUCGACCUCAUCCACACUGACGACCGAGGCUUGUUCAGAGAGCAGCUCCACUUCGCUCUCAACCCUCCGCCCAUCGCAGCAGACGGAGAACAGUCCCAGGGUGGUGAGAACGCAGUAAUCUACAAUCCCGAGCAGCUUCCUCCCGAGAACUCGUCCUUCCUGGAGAGGAGCUUCGUGUGCCGGUUCCGCUGCCUUCUGGACAACUCCUCCGGCUUCCUGGCUCUUAAGUUCCAGGGCCGGCUGAAGUACAUCCACAGUCAAAAUCUCUUGAGGGAAAACGGGAGCUGCAACAGGCCGCAGCUGGCGCUGUUCUCCGUCGCCAUGCCCGUCCAGCCUCCAUCCAUCGUUGAGAUCAGAACCAAAAUGCUUCUCUUCCAAACCAAGCACAAACUGGACUUCACACCCAUGAGCGUCGAUAGCAGGGGGAAGCUCAUCCUGGGUUACACGGAGACUGAACUGUGCACGAGAGGCUCGGGCUACCAGUUCAUCCACGCUGCUGACAUGAUGUACUGCGCUGAUAACCACAUGCGCAUGAUUAAAACAGGAGAAACCGGGCUGACCGUGUUCCGGCUCCUCAGCAAGUCGGGCGCCUGGGUGUGGACUAAGUCUAACGCCAAGCUGAUCUUCAAAGGAGGCAGACCGGACUUCAUCAUCGCGUACCAGAGGGCUUUAUCUAACGCGGAGGGGGAGGAGUACCUGCGGCAGCGGCGACUGCAGCUGCCCUUCAACUGCACCAUGGGGGAGGCCAUCCUCUACGACACGGGCCCCACCGUGGACGUAUCCCAGUAUCAGUACGAUAAAAUGUUCAAUAACAAGGAAGUGAAGACGGACAUGGCCCCCGGCUCUCUGCUGGACUGCUUCCUGAGGCAGGACGAGAGCGUGUACACCCAGGCCAUGGAGUCCCCGCUGUCCGUGGACCAGCUGUUCACGGAGAGCCACGCCCUGUUCAGCGUGGCCAGCGGCGCGUGGCCGGAAAACCAGGCCGGGGCCUCGACAGGCGAGCCCGCGGGGAUGAAAGACGAGGACAAGCAGUCCGUGAUGGCCGUCAUCGACACCCUGGAGAAGCUCACGGAGAACGGGGACUUUGACGCUCUCUUGCAGAACCUCGAGGUGGACGACGGAGAGCUGAUGGAGUGGGAGAACGAGUUCAAGAGGUUACGGCAGGAAGAGGAUCAGCUGAGCGGCGUCACGGCCGACUUGGACGCUUUCAUCGUCAACGACAUCGUCGACUACAUCGACGACAUGUUUAAGGAGAAGGUGGACUGUCUGAGCACCGCCCCCUCCAGCUGCAUCGCAGGGGUGGCCGACCUCGCGGCCUCGCAGCUCUGCGAGCCGCCCGUCUUCCAGACGCCGGCUCAGGCUUGCACGUUCCCUCCGGUGAACGGCCUCUACGCUCACCAGCAGGGGGCGGCCAACGGAGCAGCAGGUCCCGCGCAGGGCCUGCCGGCGCCCGCUCAGAUGGACAGCAGAAGCCAGAAACUGUCCCACCAGGGUCCUCUGCUCGCCGAGCCCGACUGCAGCCUGCCGCCGCUCCAGCAGCUGCAGCUGAAGGACAUCUUCAGCCCGUCGGUCGAGCUCCCGGAGCUCACCAUUCCCAACAUCUCAGCCGACGACGGGCUGGCCGCUUUUCCGUCGUGCCAGCAGGCUUCCAUGGGACCCGUGGGGUUCCCUCAGGCCGGCUCCGUUCAGGUCCAGCAGCCAAACCAGAUCCUGUGGCAUCAGAACGGUCUGCAAGCGGGAGGCGGGCAUCUACUGCAAAGGUCUGCACAGCAACCCCAACGCACCGCGCCGGCGGGAGCAGACGCUCUGCCCCCGCUGGUUCCUUGCAACAACUUCAGCUCUUCAAGUACGUCCACGGUUCCCGUCGGCUUCCCCAGAUCGUGUCUGCAGGAGAAUCUGCCGUUCAAAGCCGUUCACAACGGCCCCCUCCAGCCGUGGCCUCAGAGCCAGCAGCAGAAACUGCCACACGCAGGGCUCGUGCAGCCGAUGCAGGGCUUUAAGGGCCCGAGUUCAGAGGGCCAAACACUACCGUGUGCCGGCUCCUGGCCGAGGGGCGUCAACGGACUGAACGCCACGGAGCGGGGGGGCGUUGCAGGCGGCCAGGCCGCCCCGCAGAGCAGCUGCAUGUACCAGCAGCACUUCUCUUCCGCUCCAGCAGGAGGAGCAGCGUUGCCUCACGCCGGCCUCGGCGGGACCAACAUUUCUCUGAACCAGAAUCCUCCUCAAGGUUCCCGCUACCUCCAGUGGAGCCGCGGCGAGCCCACGGCGGGCGGCGCCGUCCUCGGCCAGGAGAGCGCCGGCGUGGGCCCUCUGGCCGCGCCCCCCAGCAUGCUGCCCACCGAGCACUCGUGCAGCAUUCAGCACUACCUGGACAACAACGCACAGACACAGCAGAGCGAGAGAGUUUUUGUGGAGCCUGCUCUGGACAUAGCAGCCUACCUGAUGGAGUAGAGCGGAGCCGGGCCGGGCCGAGCCGCCAGGUGCAUCACCUGCAGGAGGACACAAACCAGUAUAGUUUGCCUGUAUCAGUGCUUACUCACGCUGCUGCCAUUGUCUUAUUAUAACGAGUUGUAUAUCCCUCCGUACCAUAUAUGUAUGCUGUCUGCUGUGCUUGUCAGCUGUUUCUUUAGCAAAGACACAUGAAUAACAAUGAAGUAUGAAUUCACAAGUGCAUUUACCAGGGUGCAGCUGGAGCCGGCUGGGCGGAGGCUCGGGUGGAUCCGGGACACCAAAGACGUUUUUAUAAGGGAAAGCAGAAUUAUUUCCGAAAUGUUCAAAAAGUCUCCAGCGACUAUCUGUUUAAAUGUUGUCAGGCUUUUCCUGGAAGAGUCUGUAACCUCUGUGAAAACCUGAGACCGCUGUGCCUUCCAAUCAAUGUUACCACAGAUCCAAUCGUCUGUAUAUUUAAAAGGAGCCGUUGGAGCGGUUUGUUGUAAUUGUGUAUUUAUCUUUUUGUAAUUUGCUGUUCUGCUUUGGCUUCUGAAACCCCCACACGUGCACAAAUGGUGCUCGUCUGUGCGCAGUACCAGCAGACUGAUGGAGAACGUUUGGAGCCGGGGGGCGAUCCCGCUCGACACGCCAGAAACCAGACAAACGUCUUCCGCAAAGCGAGCGGAGGCGCCUGCAGCUCUGCGACAAAGUGUGACCAAAACUGCGUCCACAACGUCCACGUCAGCUGCCAGCAGGCCGCGGGCCGAACUCGCGCGCUAGCUCAGGAGACAUAGUUCCCUCCGUGGCGAGGGGGCAUUGCAGUAAGAAAGAAGCGGCGUGCCUGCAGAAGGAACGUUGAGUGUUUGCAGUAUCUUCACUGGGGCGGGACGAGCGAGCUGCAGACGAUGCUCGUCAAAUCUGUGGUUUAAAUCGUAUGUUAGAUCGCCUUUUAGCUGCGUUGCUCGCUGCUGUUGGAGUAUUUGCAGACCUGCAUAAAGGAUGAACUCAGUCCUGCCUUAAAUCUACGUGGCAGGGUGGCGACGACGGCCGCCAUCGCUUCAGGUUAGAGUGUAGGGCAACGUGGCAGCGACGUAGCGGCGACCAAACUGAGCCCAGCAACAUACGGGAAAACCGUCAGAGGAGGUGACCCUGAAUGAAAGAUUUAAGGCGUGUUCAAGGUCUUGUCCUGCAGAGACUAGCAGAGUCUACUAGGAAACGACUUUUAGGUCUCGUCAGUACUCGAGUUGUAAAAAAAAAUCAGGGGGGAUGGUGGAUUUUAUCAUAUGGGGACAGAUAAUUUGUGCUCAUUACAAAUAAUAUAAUAUAUUACAAAUAAUAGCACUGACCAAAACACCUGCAGGAAUGACAUAGCAGCAGUUAAAUGCAGCCUUCUGUAAGCUUUAAAUAUCCACUGGGCUUACAUCAAAUACAUCAAAACACAACAAUAAAAAACAGUUUUCUGAACUUAUCAAUAUGACUCUGUCCUUCACAGGAUAAGUAAAAUGGAUCACUGCAAAAAUUCAAAACAAGAAUAUUUGUUCUAUUUCUAGUUAAAAUUUCUCAUUUCAGUAAAAAAUCUUAUUACACUUAAAACAGGACUCAUCACUGGAAAAAAACAACAUUUUCACCUGUUUCAAGUAGAUUUUCACUUGAAAUAAGUAGAAAAAUCUGCCAGGGGAACAAUAUUUUUUUUGCUUGUAAUAAGAAGAUAAAUCUUGUCCCACUGGCAGAUUUUUCUACUUAUUUCAAGUGAAAAUUUACUUGAAACAGGUGAAAAUUGUCAAAUAAGUUAUUUUUAUGGUGUUAUUUUUCUGGUGAUGACUCUAAAUGUUGAAAUAGCAGUAAAACCACAUUCAUUGAUGAAAUUACAUAAGGGAUGGAAAGGGGGGAUGGCAGUUUUACAGGGGGGAUGAUUUUUACUGUUUUUAUUUCAGGGGGGAUGCCAUCCCCCCUCAUCCCCCUUCAACUCGAGUACUGGGUCUCGUCCACUUUUUUUCAAUCUUUACUGAAGUUCCGUCUGGUGCAGUACCGCCGGUGGCCACUAGGUGCUCCUUAUCAGCUACACCAAAUCCUUCCGGGCAGUUUUAGGUUCCAUUAUUUAAGAUACUUGAUCCAUUUUCAGAACCACAUAGUCUACCACACUACUCAUGCGUGCCAAACUCUCGUGCACAGUUUAAAAUACACUUUCCACCAUCUGCAGUGCACGUGUGAAACACACCCGGAGGGCGCGAUGCCUCUGGGAAAAUCUCCAGCAUGCAGUGACCAGUCUACCUCGCAUACUACAUCCCAUAAUGCAGUGAGCCACGGCGACAGACGCCAGCCACGGCGGUCAAGCGACUUGCCAGCAUAAUCGGUCUGGUUUUAAGGUGGCACACAACUCACGUGGACGCCACGCUGUUCGCGUUCAUUUCAGGUUCAGAACGAAGGGAACCACAUUCUUCAACGCAGCGCUUCAUGAAGCAACUACAUUCUUAUUUACCUGAUAGAUGAGGGUUGCCAAGCAACGCAGAAGAUGAGUCGGACCGUGACGUUGCAGCUUAAACAUCGUUCGCGUAGAGCUGAAAAGACGAACUGGGUUGUUCCUGCGAAGAUGAAGUGAUGGACAGGAAGUAGAGUAACUAUCGGAGGGUCUUUAAAGCGCGUGUCGUCAUUAGGUUUCCAUCACGCACAGACAGGGAAAAUGGUUAAAGUCAGAAGGACAACGAGGUGCUGUGUGAAGGAAGUGGAGAUGUUCAGUGGCGUCGCAGUUCUUCCCAUCAUCCUCUCUGCCUCUGCUCUCAGUCGGUUUGAGACACACUACAGAAACACGUGGGUGGUUUCAUGAAGCUGAGCAGGACCAGCGUUGAAAUGGCAGCUUCACCAGACUCCUGCAGCCCUGCAGGAAAGUCUCUCAGUAUUUCCUCCCAACGCUGUCGCACGUGUCCGGAAAUAACUGAACUGCAAUGCUCAUGUCUGGAAACAAAGCAUCUAAAGUGAAAAUGUAAAAAAAUAUAUAAAAAUGUAUAAAAAAAAAAAAAAAACUAAAAAAAAAAUGGGAUUGUUGCAGCCUGGUUCUGGGCUGCUCGUCGGUGCAGAGCUCUCGGUAAGGGUUUGUGAAGCGGGCGGGGGACGGCGGAGGAUGGCGGGAAUGUCGCCUCGGAUGUCGGACUUGGAUGCAGACAUGUGACUGUAGCCACUAUGAAAAAAAUCUAGAGCCAAAAGGUUGAUCCAGAGCCGUGUUUACCUGAUUCGCUCUGUCAGCUGCCAUAUUUCUGUUCUUUGUUUUGUUUGUUUUUUAAAAAAGGAAUAAAAAAAUAUAAAUAUAUACAUAUAUAUAUAUAAAUAUAUAUAUAACUCACUUUUAUUUAGCCAAGUACUUAAACUAUGUGUAUCAUAAUAUAUGUUAAACCAAUAACCAGCCUUUGUGUACUGUUGAAAGCUUUUCCAUAAACGUGUGCAAUCAUUAAA